ACAUCAACAAGGUGUUUAUCAUACUCGCACAAAUUUUUCAUACGUUUUAUUUAUUUAUAAAACGUAGGAUAAACCUUUCUAGUGGUUUAUCUGGACUUAUUUUAGUCCAACAAUGGAAAUUCCUCUAAAUAUAGAUCGAACAUGUCGAACUUGCCUCCGUGAGACAGAAAGCACUACUAGUAUUUUUUGUGAUGACUAUAAACAUAACUGCAAAAUAUUUUUGAUGAUUACUGCUUGCAGUGAUAUGAAGAUCGAGGAAAAUGAUGGGUUACCAGAUAAAAUCUGUUCCGAAUGUAUUGAUUCGGUGCGAAAUGCAUAUGUAUUUAAGCAGCAAUGCGAGAUUGCUUAUCAAACUUUACAGUCUCUCAUAACUCAGUGCAACUUGGCCGCCGAAUCUUCGGAAAAAGCGGAUAAGAAUUACAAACAAAUACAAGAAGUAGACGCAAAGGGAUUACUUGUCGAAGUUGAAUAUUUACCAGAAUCAGUGGAUAUUCUAACAGACCAAAGCAAAAUCGAUUUAAUCCUCGAACAAGGAACAUGCAAGAUUGAAGUUUUCGAAAAUGUGGAAUAUUUAUCCGAAAAUAUCGAUGAGGUAGUCAAACAGGAAAAUGUUGAACCGAUCGACAGUCUUAAUGCUGAAAUCGAAGAAUUCAUUGAUGGCCCGUACAGCCCCGGCUUGAACGAAGCCGAACGAGAAAGUUUUUGGAAUAAAGUAAAGAAUAAAGCAGUUCAAAGUUCUGUGAAGAAUCAGUCCUGUAAUAAACAGUGUCAAUAUUGCGAUAAAGUGUUCAGCAGAGCAACACAUCUUAGACGUCAUUUGUUGACUCAUACCAAAGAAAAGCAUUUCAAAUGUAAAAUUUGUUUAAAACCUUUCUCUCGAAGCGAUCACUUGUCUAUUCACGAGUCAACAUUUCACUCUCAAGAAAGACCGUUCCCUUGUCAACUGUGUGAAAAGAGCUUCAAACGUGCGGAACAUUUGCGAACACAUGUAGAAUCAAAGCAUAGUGAAUCAGCUGUCAGCAAAAAACAAGAGUUCUGCGACAUUUGCAAUAAAGGAUUCACAUCAGCAAGGUAUUUGGACGUGCACAAAAAGACUCACAGUGAAGAGAAAGUAUAUAAUUGCAAAUCCUGCGAUUUGAAAUUUUCUGAAAAAAACGAUCAUCGCCAGCACAUGAAACGAGAACAUCAAGAUGGAACAACAUUCUUAUGUUCCGAAUGUGGUCAGAGUUUCAUGCGCAACGAUUAUCUGCUAGUUCAUAUGAGACGUCACAAUGGAAUCAAGCCGUACAAGUGUAAGUUCUGCACAAAAGCUUUUCCCAGGGCUACAGAUUUAAGGGUCCAUGAAAAAUAUCACACGAAUGAAAAGGCCCAUCUUUGCACAAUUUGUGGUAAAGGUUUUCACAGAGCAUAUAAUUUGCUGGUUCAUAGUCGAACUCACAAUGGAUUGAAGCCGUAUCAAUGUCCGCAUUGUCCAAAAAGUUUCGCCCAAGGUAAUGAUCUUAAAGCUCAUGUACGACGCCACACCGGAGAACGCUAUAAAUGCGACAUAUGCAAUGAAGGUUUCAUACAGUGCUAUCAAUUGAACAACCACAAAAGAACAGUUCACAAUAUCGAUUCUGCCGCCAACAUUCGAAGAGUUACCAAGUUUCUGACCCCAACCGCACAGGAGCAGCAAGUUUUAUUCCAAAAGCAUCAUGCGAGAUUGCAACAAUUGGUCGCACAGCGAAGGGAACUGGAAGAACAACAACAAACGUGGAGUGUCGAACAAAUUGAACAUGAUCCGGAUGUGGAGAAAAAAAUACUAGAAACAAAUGAGAGGAUUCUGGAUGUGGAAAGAGAUUUGGAAGACAUAAAUAACCGUUUACACAAUGAAUUGGAACGACAAAGUCAACAGCAACUACAAGAAACCGAUCAAUUUGAUGCAAUAUUGGAAGAAAAUAAUGAAGAAUACAAUCCGAUCGCAUCGAACCAUCCGCGUUUUCAUAACGAUUUAAAUUUACAAAUUAAUAAUUUGAAACAAGAACACUAAAAUCGAAUUUUAGAUGUGUCUGUAAAUAUAAUACUAAGUGUAAAUAUUAAUAACUUGUUUUAUUCGUCUCAUUCGCAUGU